UAACAGAUGAUAUGGUUCGGUUCUCUGUUUCAACCGCUAAUUCCAACGGUUAUUCGAAUUUGAACUCCAGGAAGGAUCAGUUGCUUCUCUUCCUCAAGCUCUGUUCUUCGAUCAAACAUCUCUUGCAAAUCCAUGCCCAGAUCCUGAUAUCUGGUCUCCACUCUGAUUCUUUCCUCCUCGGCGAGCUCGUUCGUGUCUUGUCGCUAUCCGCUUGCAAAAACCUCCGGUAUGCUCGUGCCCUUUUGUGUCAUUCGGCGGAUUCCACGCCGUUUUUGUGGAAUACCCUUAUCCGAGGGUAUUCAUCCACUGAUUCACCUGGAGAAGCGGUGUGUGUGUAUAACGAGAUGAAGAGGAGAGGAAUCAGACCGGAUAAUUUCACUUUCCCUUUUCUUCUAAAAGCUUGUGCUUCGUGUUUCGGUCUGACUGCUGGAAGACAGGUACAUGUUGAGGUUCUAAAACAUGGGUUUGAUUCUGAUAUGUAUGUUGGGAACAAUUUGAUUCAUUUUUAUGGAUCUUGUAAGAAGAUUUCCAGUGCGAGGAAAGUGUUUGAGGAAAUGCCUGACAGAAGUAUUGUUUCGUGGAAUUCUCUGAUUACCGCUUGUGUUGAGCAGGGUAAGCCUGAUUAUGCGAUCGAGUAUUUUCUUGGCAUGAUGAGUCGCGGGUUUAUGCCGAAUGAGAUGACAAUGGUUGUUGUACUUUCUGCUUGUGUUGGCAACUUGACCAUUGGGAAGUUGGUUCAUUCCCAAGUCAUCACGAGAGGUUUAGAGAUCAAUAUUCAAUUGGGUACUGCUCUAGUUGACAUGUAUGGAAAAUCCGGUGGUCUAGGUUAUGCAAGGUGCAUUUUUACGAGAAUGGGUGAGAGAAACGUUAGGACUUGGAAUGCGAUGAUACUCGGGUUAGCACAAAACGGACUUGCUGAUGAAGCUCUUGAGCUUUUCUCCGUUAUGGCGAAAAAGUCGUCGGUGAAACCAAAUGAUGUGACCUUUCUUGGUGUUUUAUGUGCCUGUAGCCAUUCGGGUUUAGUGGACCAGGGUUACAAGUACUUUCAUGAAAUGGAGCACGGGCACAAGAUUAAGCCAGGAAUUACGCACUACGGUGCCAUGGUAGAUAUGUUGGGUCGUGCAGGUCGUUUAAAUGAAGCUUACACCUUUGUAAAAAAGAUGCCUAUUGUGCCCGGUCCCAUCGUUUGGAGGACUCUACUUAGCGCUUUUAGCAUCCAUCAUGAUAAAGAUAAUCAAGGAAUCGGUGAGAAGGUAAGAAAGAAACUGCUUGAAUUGGAACCGAGAAAUAGUAGCAACUUUGUGAUCAUGGCAAACAUGUUAGCGGGUGCCGGGAUGUGGGAUGAAGCUGCUCAUGUGAGGAGGGUACUGGACAAUGACAAGAUGAAGAAGAUGGUCGGGGAGAGCUGUCUCGAGCUCGGAGGUGCUGUCUUCAUUUUUUUUUCUGGGUAUGAUUCCCGUCCGGAUUAUGUAUGUAUCUAUGAGUUGCUAGAUUGGUUGAACCUGCACUCAAGAACUAUGAAUGCCUUUUUAUGAAGGGAAGUUGAAACCUUCCAAUUCAACGAGUUUAAAACUUUGUUUUGUUAUUACACAUUU